UUCGAAAUCUGUGUUCAGAAUGGUGAAAAAAAAACUAAAAAUUGUUACACACAUAAGCAGCAUCUCUUCAAUUGAAAAUUAAUAUUUCAGAGAUAAAUUAAAGAUCUUGGUAACCAAGAUCUUUGGACAAAUGAUUAGUCAUCGUGAACUCAUAACUUAAACAGGUCUUUAUGAGAACAAUUAACGAAUAUUGUGGAAUAUGCAAUUGAGGUUUUGUUUGUUGUAUUUUUGUUUACUACUUUCGUUGUGAUUUGUUUGUUGUGUUGUGAAGAUACUUACGUAUGAUCACUUUUUGUGGAAAAACUUACUGUGAUUUAGUGAACGUGGGUUCUAUGAUGGACGAGAUCGAGAUUGAGUGACUGAUAUUUUGGAAAGAAAAUGAGUCACAGUAGUGACACAAUUAAUCCUCUUUCAGAACCUUUGAGAGUUGAAACUGAUAAUAAUGUAAAUGGUGAUAAUUCGAGCUAUUUCGAAGAGAAGGGAAGUUUUAGUCAAACGAAUGAGGAUGCUGAUUCCUUAGGUCCUCUCCCCCCUAAAUGGGAAAAGGCUUAUACAGAAAGUGGUGAAGUAUAUUUCAUCGAUCAUUCAACUGGUACUUCACAUUGGCUCGACCCUCGUUUAUCGAAAUUUCAAAAGAAAUCUCUUGAAGAUUGUCUUGACGAUGAACUUCCUUAUGGAUGGGAAAAAAUAAGUGAUCCACAUUAUGGAACUUAUUUUAUUGAUCAUGUAAAUAGGCGUACCCAGUAUGAAAAUCCUGUGAUCCAGGCAAAACGUGCAGCUUCGCAGGCAUCGGCUGUUGUUACUCAGACUUCUUUCACCAAGGACCCUGCUGAGUUGUGUGGUCAAAGAUUUCAAACGUCAUUAGUAAAAUCCUCAAGAGGUUUAGGAUUCACUAUUGUAGGAGGUGAUGAUACAGUUGAGGAAUUUCUUCAGAUAAAAUCUGUUGUUCCCAAUGGGCCAGCAUGGUUAGAUGGGCAGUUGCAGACAGGGGAUGUCAUUGUAUAUGUCAAUGACACUUGUGUCCUUGGCUAUACCCAUAAUCAAAUUGUUAGGCUUUUUCAGUCGAUAAAUGUAGGCUCCACCGUACAGCUUGAGGUUUGUAGGGGAUAUCCACUUCCGUUUGAUCCAAAUGAUCCUAAUACAGAAGUUGUAACAACAAUUGCUGUUGAUUCUCAUCUGCAGCAAAUACAAAAUGAUAAGAGAAUGUUGGAUACAAACUUUAACUUCUUAGAGAAUGAUGAUUUAUCUAGAGAAGAUGAGAGUACUUUGGGUACUACUGAUGAAAUUGAUAAUUUGCUCAAGGGUAUAAAUAAUCGUGGCAUUGGCAAAACUGAAGUGCGUGUAGGUAUAGUGAAGGGAAAUUUGGGUUUUGGAUUCACAAUAGCAGAUAGUGCCUGCGGACAACGCGUUAAAAAAAUUUUAGAUCGGCAAAGAUGUAAAAAUUUACUGGAAGGAGAUAUUCUUGUUGAAAUCAAUAAUACUUCUUUGGUGAAUAUGUCUCAUGAUGAGGUUGUGCAAGUACUCAAAAAUUGUCCAUUUAAUAAUGAAGCUCAAAUUGUUGUGCAAAGAGACUGUUUGAAUAAACCCUUAGGUUCGAGAAAUAAGCCAAGAAAAUUGGAAAAUCGCUUUGGAAACAAAGAUAUUGUAAGUACGUACAGAAGUAAAACUCCGACAGCUGAUAUAUACAAUACUCAACCUCGAGAAGUUCUUCCAAGUAGGCCGAAAACUCCAUUGAUAGAUACGAGGGGUCUUUCUAAGACUCCUGUCAAGGAUCUAAACUACAAUAAUCAAGACUUCUUGAAACAAAACUUUGGUAAUGACGGGUUCAAUCAAGACCAAUCACAACUGAGGUUGUCCCUUAUAGAUAAUCCAGAUGAGGAUAUAGAUAUAGAUAUUCCUGAAAAUAGUUCCCAGAGCAAACAAUCUUUGGAAUAUCCAUCAACAUUAGUUGAUCCAAAAUUUGGUUUAUAUAUGCCUACUCCUCAUCGAUAUGAUUGCAGUUGUUAUAGUUGUAAUAGCCAAAAAAAUAGUUUAGAAACAUGUGAUCUGUAUGAUGGUAAUGGAAUGAAGAAACCUUCAAACUUUGAUAUGUGGCAAUCAAUGCCUAGAAGCCCAAGCAUGGAAUAUAAUACAAUGGCUGUCACUUUGAAUCGGCAAGAAACUGGUUUUGGGUUCCGAAUUGUUGGAGGUAUUGAGGACAAAUCACAGGUAGCUGUAGGUCACAUUGUACCUGGUGGUGCUGCAGAUUUAGAUGGAAGGAUACAAACAGGAGAUGAAAUAGUGCGUGUAGAUGGUUAUUCUGUUCUCAAAGCAUCUCACCGUCAGGUGGUGCAGCUAGUGAAUGCAGCAGCAACCAGAGGUCAAGUAUCCCUCAUAUUACGAAGAAGAAUGUAUGUGGGUCCACCUUUAAUGACACCUUAUGGUGGUAUGCCUUGGCUUAAUGAACAACCCAUGCCUUCCAUAUCACAGCUUCCUCCAGUUGCUCCACUGCUAACAGAAACUUACAAUGUCACUGUCAGACGAAACGAAAAUGAAGGUUUUGGCUUUGUUAUUAUCUCUUCUGUCAACAAAAUUGGUUCAACUAUCGGUCGUUUGAUUGAUGAUAGUCCAGCAGAAAGAUGCGGUAAGCUCCGUGUCGGUGACUAUAUUCUUGCUGUAAACCAUAUUGAUAUCAUGCACAUGAGUCAUGGAGAUAUUGUCAAUCUCAUCAAAGAAUCAGGGUUGUCCGUCACUCUUACAAUAGCUGCAAAUCAUGUAUUGUGAUCUAUAAAUAGUCUGGAGCAACAAACAAAUCAUGUUUAAUGAACAAUUGUUAAGUAGAACAGAAUCAUCCUAGUUGAAUCAAACUGAUUUUUGACUAAUGGGUUAUUCUGAAAAAGUGACCUUAUAAAUUUUUUUUAGUUCCAUCGUCGUUGAUAUGGUUCCAGAAUGUUUGAUUGAUAAACAAACACCUUGAUUUUUUCUUUCAGUAUUUGAAGCCACAAUAUGUUAUCAUACACCCUAAUAUAUUUUAUCAGUAUUAGCCUUUUUCCUAAUCCACACCUAAGAAGCCAAAGAAAAUUUAUAUCAGUUAUCAUAAAACUAUUAUGGCUUCAAAAUGCAAGUAACUGGGUUAAAUUUCAUCACCAUUGCCUGAAGACUUGAUGACUCAAGAUAAUAUUGAAUUAAUUCAAGGAGAUUCAAAAUAAUUAUGAAGGGCAACUUUCAAUAUUCAUUAUUGUUGAUAUUUCUCUUCAUCUUACACUUUUGUUUGCUAGAUGAAUGAAUCAUAACAUUCAAAUUAAACAAUUUUCUGUGUGAAAUAGUUUUUGAGCAUUGAUCAAAUAGUGCUGGGACAUUAUAUUUUUACUGUUUAUUGUAUGACUGAAAUCAUGUAGUAGAUCUCGAAUUUACUAACCCAAUGAAGAAUCGAAUUUAACGUACGUUUCUUUCAGUACUAACAUCUUUAUAUUAUGAUAAAAAAAUAACGUAGUACCAUGAAAAUUUGUUUAUAUUUUUAUUACAAACUGCUUCUUUUUUUACGCGAUUUUUAUAUCUAUUUUAAGGAAUCAAUAUAUAACAUUAUUUAUUGGUUGCUUGGGUUAUGUCCAUUGAUAAUCAGAUGUGGUAUUCUGAUACAUUGUUAUAUACUCUUAUUUAUAUUUCGAAUAAGGCAGCGACUACCAAAAGACAGACGACUCAAUUAUUAUUCCAAGGCAACGAAGAGCCCCUGAUUCAAUUUCAGCAUUUCACAAACAGCAGAUUUUAGAUAUUUAAAUUCCAUUAUGUAUUAAAUUGUGAAUUUUAAA